AUGGAAAUAAACAAACGACGAAUCGCCUCCCUUUGCACAGGAAGACACACUCCUCUCCCACGGACCACAUCUAGACAAUCAAGUACGGCCUCCCAACCACAAGAUGGCCAGAUCCUCCGUCUCCCUGACGGGCGUCAGCUGGGGUAUGCCGAGUAUGGCUGCGCGAGAGGCGCCCCGUUGAUGUGGUUCCACGGCUACCCCUCCUCACGCCUGGAAGGCCAGGGAGUUGACAAGAUCGCGCAACGGCUUGGGAUCCGGGUUAUUGCUCCCGAUCGCCCCGCCUUCGGGCUGUCCACGGCCCAACCGCACCGGCACAUCCUGGACUGGCCCGCUGAUGUCCAGGCUCUUGCAGGCCAUCUGGGUCUUUCACGCUUUGCAGUCCUCGGCGGCUCGGGUGGUGCGCCAUAUGCGCUUGCAUGUGCACAGGCACUCCCAGCAGAUAUGUUGUCUGGUGUGGGCAUCAUGGCUGGCGCUGGGCCGUGGCAGGCUGGGGCGCAUCAUAUGCCGCUGCUGUAUCGGGUGACGGCACAGGCGGCGAAUUAUUGGCCUGCGGUAUUGAGAUGGUCCUUAGAUUUAUCGAUAUGGAUGCUGCGGAAAGUGUUGGCCACUCGCACCGUGACUCGGUGGUUAGAUCACUCCAUUCAAAAAUCUAUAUCGGUUGAAGAGCAGGGAACUGGACGGAGUGUUGAAGAGCGAAGACAACGAAUGCUGCGCAUGAUGUUCGAAGGGUUUGCGCAGGGCUCAGAUGCAUCGGUGGAUGAAGCGAAGCUACUCACUCAGGACUGGGGGAUUCGGUUUGAGGAUGUGACAUACGACCCAAUCUUGAUGUGGCAUGGAGCUAAGGAUUAUAAUGCCCCAGUGGCCAUGGUGCGAUAUAUGGCGGAGCGGCUGCCGCAUUGUGUGUUGAAGGAGUAUGCGGAUCACACGCAUUUUACGCUCCACGCGCACCUGGAGGAGAUCCUAUCCGAGCUGAUUCCAAAGAAGUGA